AUGUCCAGCCUAGAGAACAUCUCGCAGGAGGGCAUUCAGUGCCUCGCUUUUGCCGACAGCUAUAUUAAAAAGUCAGAUCCAACAUCUUUAGUGCCAACGUUAUGGAUAGGUACAACUCUAGGAUCUGUGAUAACGAUGAUGAUCAACCUUCCGGAGGCCGAUCUAAGGCAUACACAGCCCGUUGUCGUCACGACGAGUGGAGGUCCGAUAUUUAGAUUAAAAGGUUCAAUCUUAACAAUGUCUUUUCUCGACUGUAAUGGUGCUCUAAUACCUUACUCCUAUGAAAGCUGGAAGGACGAAAAUAAAGAUAGUCGGGAGCGAAGAGAGCGGACGCCGACGAAGCAAAGCUCAUCGGGAAGUCACGGCAGCCACACGAGCCCCGUCCCGUUGGAAGCCGGCGAUCGGCAGUUCGUCGUGAUCGCUUCCGAGAAGCAGGCGCGAGUCGUCGCGCUUCCGAGCCAAAACUGUGUUUAUCGGCAGCAGCUAGUCGACACCGACUUUGUCGUUAAGGCGGAAAUUGUCAGCUUAAAGGAUAGUGUGUGCCUUGUGAGUUACCUGUCGACAGGCCACCUGUCGGCCUACAGCCUGCCGUCGCUCAGACCGCUUCUACAUUUAGACUUUUUACCUCUCUCCGAACUCAGGAGCCGACAGGCGACCGACACUUCGGUUGACUCGAUCGGUUUGCAUGGUGCGGGACCGGUGACGCGACUGACGUCUUUGUCUAUUCAUGCAUCCAUAUCCGAUGAAACCGGUCCUGUAUCAAGCGCAGAUGAAUUAGACGGCUGUAAGGUCCUAGUGGCUGUCGAUUUUUUAAUCACAAAGUAG